CUCGACCUCAACCCAACCUCAACGCCCUCAACUCGACCUCAACCCAACAUCAACCUCAACCUCCUCAACUCAACCUCAACGCCCUCAACUCGACCUCAACCCAACCUCAACGCCCUCAACUCGACCUCAACCCAACCUCAACGCCCUCAACUCGACCUCAACCCAACAUCAACCUCAACCUCCUCAACUCAACCUCAACGCCCUCAACUCGACCUCAACCCAACAUCAACCUCAACCUCCUCAACUCAACCUCAACGCCCUCAACUCGACCUCAACCCAACCUCAACGCCCUCAACUCGACCUCAACCCAACAUCAACCUCAACCUCCUCAACUCAACCUCAACGCCCUCAACUCAACCUCAACCCAACAUCAACGCCCUCAGCUCAACCUCAACUCAACAUCAAUCUCAACCCAACCUCAACCCCCUCAGCUCAACCUCAACCCCCUCAGCUCAAACUCAACCCAACGUCAACCUCAACCUCCUCAAACCUCCUCAGCCCCACCCCAACCUCCCAACGCUUUGCCACGGCAGCCUGAAUUUUAG